AUGGGUGAAUUCCAGCAGCAGUUUUUCACUUGCCUUGGGGGCAUCAUUUGUCUGUUUUUUCUGGUGAAAUGUAUUCUGUUUUUGAAAUAUUUCUCUCGGUUUAUAUGGCAUACUUUGCCUCCAUCUUUUUUUCUGUCUAUGGGUGAAUGGGCAGUGAUCACAGGAGCAGGAGAUGGGAUUGGAAAAGCCUAUUCCUUGGAGCUGGCCAAACGUGGAUUAAAUAUUGUUUUGAUUAGCAGAACAUUGGAAAAACUGCACAAGGUAGCUUCUGAAAUUGAACAGUCCACAGGGAGAAAAGUGAAAAUCAUACAAGCUGACUUCACCAGAAAGGACAUAUAUGGUGACAUUGAAGAAAGUCUUCAAGGAUUAGAAAUUGGAAUUUUGAUUAACAAUGUUGGGAUGAUUCCUAGCCCCUUCCCAAGCCAUUUUCUUCAUGGACCAGACAAAGAUGAGGACCUCAUCAACUGCAACAUCAUCUCUGUCACCAAGAUGACACGGAUUAUUUUGAAACAGAUGGUGUCAAGACAAAAAGGACUGAUUCUCAACCUCUCUUCUGCCCUUGGCACAUUUCCUUGUCCAUUAUAUACCACCUAUUCUGCCUCCAAGGCUUUUGUAUACACGUUUUCCAAAGCGCUCCAAUCAGAAUAUAAAGGAAAAGGAAUUAUCAUACAGGCGGUGACUCCUUUUGGUAUUUCUACUCCAAUGACCAUGUACACAAAGCCCAAUCUAAUCACCAAGACAGCAGAAGUGUUUGCUAGAGAAUCACUGGAGUAUGUCACAUUUGGAGAUGAGACAUCUGGCUGCUUAGCCCACGAGAUUUUGGUAAUUCAAUUGUAA